GAGUCGUUCUUUGAGAGCCGAUUCAUUCAUUACUAACUCGUCCUUAUCCUUCCUUGUCGGUGUAAUAGGCAUAAAAAGGUUCAGCACUCCUAAAAAAUCAAGAGGAAAAGAAGAAAAGGAUAACUUCAACAGAUUAACUAGCCAAAUGUUCUUGUAACUUGUUAAGUGUAUUUCUAGGUGUUAUUUAGUGCUUAGGUGAGGUGUAAAUAUAUACAGGGAAUCGGUUUAUUUGGCUAGUUAGCAAAGCAUGGCCGACAUCGAUAAGCUUAACAUAGACAGCAUCAUACAGCGCCUGCUUGAAGUGAGAGGGUCAAAGCCUGGUAAAAAUGUUCAGCUGCAGGAGAAUGAGAUUCGUGGUCUCUGUCUGAAAUCUCGGGAGAUCUUUCUAAGCCAGCCUAUCCUGCUGGAGUUGGAGGCACCUUUAAAGAUCUGUGGUGACAUACAUGGGCAGUACUAUGAUUUGCUGAGGCUCUUUGAAUAUGGUGGCUAUCCUCCUGAAAGUAACUACCUGUUUCUUGGGGACUAUGUGGAUCGUGGCAAACAGUCACUCGAGACCAUCUGCCUUUUGCUGGCAUACAAAAUCAAAUACCCAGAAAACUUCUUCCUCCUCAGGGGUAACCAUGAAUGCGCCUCAAUCAAUCGCAUCUAUGGUUUCUACGAUGAGUGCCGAAGGCGCUACAACAUUAAGCUGUGGAAGACAUUUACAGACUGCUUUAACUGCUUACCCAUUGCUGCCAUUGUGGAUGAGAAGAUCUUCUGUUGCCAUGGGGGUUUGUCUCCAGACCUGCAGUCCAUGGAGCAAAUUCGACGAAUCAUGAGGCCCACAGAUGUGCCUGACCAGGGCCUGCUGUGUGAUCUUCUGUGGUCUGAUCCCGAUAAAGAUGUGCUAGGCUGGGGUGAGAACGAUCGCGGCGUCUCCUUUACCUUUGGUGCUGAAGUGGUGGCCAAAUUUCUCCAUAAACAUGACUUGGACCUGAUCUGCAGGGCCCACCAGGUGGUGGAGGACGGCUAUGAAUUCUUUGCUAAGAGGCAGUUGGUGACACUUUUUUCUGCACCAAACUAUUGUGGCGAGUUUGACAAUGCUGGGGCCAUGAUGAGCGUGGAUGAGACCUUAAUGUGUUCUUUUCAGAUUUUAAAACCAGCAGAGAAGAAGAAGCCAAGCUCGAGCCGACCAGUGACUCCACCAAGGAAUAUGGUCACCAAGCAGGCAAAGAAAUAAGGCCUGCCUUAGUGAUCUAGCCAUUUCUUGGACCUGUGCUAUUAUAUUUCUUAAAUUUUUUUAAAUUACGUUUUUCUUUGGUAUAAUGGUUGUGUGAAAUUGUUUGGAAUUAUGGAACCCCCCCCCCCCCCUUUUUUUUUUCUUCCAUAUUCUGUUGUAUUUUUUAUUUAUUUAGAUCUAUAGUGGCAAAGCAUUCAUACUAUUUUGGCACAAGUAAUUGCAGGGAACUUUUUCUAUCUAUGGAAACACUCCACCAGUUUUUCUUUAUAUUUUUAUGUUUGGCUAUCAGUGUACACAUCUAAGCCACUGUGAACAAAAAAAGCUAAAUGUAUUCUCUUUAUGAAAUAGAGCAAAUGGCAUCUAAAUAAAGAUUUCACCUUA